AUGACUAGAAAGCGAAAAAAGGGCAAAUCGUCACCAGGGGACGCCAAUUUCCAAACACCUGUGAAACGGCGGGAAUCCAAACCGGUCCAAACAAUGGCAGAGGCGUUGGCCGAGGCAAUCGCACCCAGUGGAGAAAAUAUGCAGCCGAUGCAUUAUACUGGUCAAGGCAUGUAUCAAUCAAGCCCAAACUAUGUGUUACAUCAAAGUAUGCCUUAUAAUGGAAACACUGUAUGGAGCCCAGGCCCAGGAAAUGCCACACCUGUAUCCAUUGGUACAUCGCCACAAAACGUAAACAACGAUUUAUGGGUCAAGGUUAUGAAUAAAUUGAACAUAAUGGACAAAAAACUGGCGCAACUAGAUUCCAUUCAAUCUAGCGUAAAUAACCUAACUGUCCGCAUGGACAGCAUAGAUCACAAGAUCAGUGACAUUGAGGGCAAAAUCCGUGACAUAAAGAUCAGGCGGGUAUUCGAUAGUAAAACAGUCCCGGAUUUAGCAAAACAACACCAAGAUCUAGAGUCACUGGUGAAAAAGCUGACAAAAUUCGAACAAGAACAAUCACAGAAGGAAAACUCUCUCAAUAAUGAGAUACAGGACUUAAAAUGUCGCAGUAUGCGGGACAACCUUCUGUCCCACAAAAUCCCUGAAGAGAGAGACGAAAAUUGUGAACAUAAAGUAUUAAAACUCAUUGAGGAAAAGCUUAAAGUCACAAAUGCAUCAACCGAUAUUCGGAUCCAGCGCGCCCAUCGCAUAGGCGCUUUCAACGCAGUCAAAACGCGGCCGAUCGUCGUCAAAUUCGCCUUCUACCCAGAUCGCGAGCGGGUACGUCAGGCAGCCCGCCAGGUCAAGGACGAUUCCAUUGGCGUUUCCGAGCAGUUCCCGAGGGAGAUCAUGGACAAGCGCCGGAAACUGGUCCCAAUUAUGCUCAAGGCACGUGAGGAUGGGAAGGAGGCGUACAUCAGGGUGGAUAAACUCUACAUCAACAAGCGUCUCUAUAGAGACAGUGAGUAG